AUGGAAAAGGGUAAAAAGGGCAGGAGACCUUUCCCUGUCCUUCGUCCCCCAUCUUCUCUCCUCAAACCCGCCUACCCCACUACUCUACCCGCACAAACCGCCCCGCAUCACGCCGAUCAGCCUUAUGACCGUAUCUCGACCACCCACGGCACCAUCGCCGCCAGGGCUGUCUCAUUUCAUGGACAGCUCAUAAGCGGCGUCACCCCUCUCCAACUAGCACAGAAUGGCCUGUAUUACAAGCCACUAGGGCCGAACAACCGAGCUGCAUGCUGCUUUGCCUGUGGAACGACAACCCCUUUAACCGCAUUCUUGCGAGCCCCCAUCGAAGAAAUACCGCGACUUCACACAGAGAAUUGCAUGUGGCAGAUCAUCUAUCGCGAUCUAAAAUCACAUUUCGAAAACCCCGACCCAGUGUCCCAGUCAACAACUACUUCGGCCAAAUCAACACCUACGCACCACCACCUUCCCUCCAACAGAUUACCUCCCAAGGCAACCAUUUCGAACCUCAGCAUACAGUACGAGCGAUCUCCAGCAGCCGGUCCUACCACUUUUACCAGACCCCCACCAACCCUGCUACCUCAACCGCAACUGUCGCAGCAAGCCGGCUCUCCUCACCCUCUCCAAUUGGCACAGACUGCUACUUCUCCGCCUCAACUCCAGAAACCGACCUACGCCUCGGUCAUCCAACGUGCACCCACAUCUUCAGCGCAACCGACAUCUAAAACUCACCAACCCGCACCUCCCUUCAAAUUCACACUCACAAUCGAAGAUCUUCACCGUCGUUUUCACAAUAAACCACCACCGUUCAAGGACGACAAGAAAACCAGGAAACAUCCGGCUAAUCGAGCCCGCAACAAACCAGCCUCGGAAACACAUUCUUUAGCCAGAUUCUUACACUCAGCAUUGCCCGCAUUCUCGCGGUUCCUAUCAGAAAUGCAGCCAAAUCCGGACAGUCGCUAUCCGUCUCACUUGAAAUUUCACAACAGCCGCGCCAUGAAGGCAGCCUAA